AUGAGCGAGACGAAGUCCAAAUUCUUGGAGGUGUACUCCGUUUUGAAGUCGGAGCUUCUCAAUGACCCCGCUUUUGAGUUCACUGACGAUUCUCGCCAAUGGGUCGAGCGUAUGUUGGACUACAAUGUACCUGGAGGAAAGCUAAAUCGAGGGCUCUCUGUUGUUGACAGCUACAAGUUGCUGCAAGGCAGGCAACUGACUGAUGACGAAGUUUUUCUUGCAUGUGUCCUGGGUUGGUGCAUUGAAUGGCUUCAAGCAUAUUUCCUUGUGCUUGAUGAUAUUAUGGAUAACUCGCAUACACGUCGAGGUCAACCUUGCUGGUUCAGGGUUCCCAAGGUUGGUAUGAUUGCUGCGAAUGAUGGGGUGAUUCUUCGCAAUCAAAUCCCUAGAAUUCUCAAGAACCAUUUCAAAGGAAAGCCAUAUUAUGUGGAUCUUCUGGAUUUGUUUAAUGAGGUGGAAUUUCAGACAGCCUCAGGACAGAUGAUAGAUUUGAUCACGACUAUUGAAGGAGAGAAAGAUCUAUCAAAGUAUUCAUUGCCUCUUCACCGCCGCAUUGUUCAGUACAAAACUGCUUAUUACUCAUUUUACCUUCCAGUUGCAUGUGCAUUGCUUAUGGCAGGCGAAAAUUUGGACAAUCACACUUCUGUAAAGGACAUUCUUGUUCAAAUGGGAAUCUAUUUUCAAGUACAGGAUGAUUAUCUGGAUUGUUUCGGUGACCCCCAAGUGAUUGGUAAGAUCGGAACGGAUAUUGAAGAUUUUAAGUGCUCUUGGUUGGUUGUGAAAGCACUAGAGAUUUGUAAUGAGGAACAGAAAAAAACCUUAUAUGGAAACUAUGGGAAAGCAGAUCCAGCCAAUGUUGCAAAAGUGAAGGCACUUUAUAAAGACCUCGAUCUUCAGGGUGUGUUUCUGGAGUAUGAGAGCAAAAGUUAUGAGACGUUAGUGAGCUCCAUCGAAGCUCAUCCAAGUAAGGCAGUACAAGCAGUGCUGAAAUCGUUCUUGGGGAAGAUUUACAAGAGACAGAAGUAG